AUGGCUCCUUCCCUCUUAACCUCCGCUCGCUUGGCUUUCGUCAAGCCGUCUAGGGUCGCCAACAAGGCGAACCCUCAGAAGAUUGUCUCGGCCGCGAGCAAGUCAGCCGCGAACCCCACACUCGGAAAUCCCGACUCCUCCAUGCGCGCUCCCUCGAAGCCCGCCCAAUCUAAACCGGCCACCAUGAGGCCCGCUUCCUCCAAUGCUGCUCCCCGCAAGCCCUCUUCUUCGGCUCCUACCUCGUUCUCCUCCAUCUACGGCGCCCUCACCGCGUCCCUCGAGGCAUCGAACAAGCGCAACAUCUCUAAGGGCAUCUCGGCAUUCACCAGCCGCAACCAAGAUGUUGCCCCGGCGUCCCAGAAGCGCAAGCGCGAGGAUGAUGCCUCCUCCUCCGAAGCCAACAAGCACACUCGCGUUGAUGGUCCCACUACUACUGAAGCAGUCAGGGCCCUCGCCAAGAAGGACAACGCUUCUCCAUCUGAAGCUCCCAAAGCGCCCAUCAAGCGCAAGCGCUCUGAAAACGCUGCCACACCCAUCACCACCACCACCACCACCACCACCACCGCAGCCGCCAGGUCGCCUGUCACGAUCAGGCGCCAUCAGAACCACGCCGCCAACGCCCAGGCUCGCUCCGCCCGCGCCGACGCCCACAGGUCGCCGCCCCUCAAGCGCAAGCGGGACGAGGAUGAUGUCGUCCCGGUCCUUGUCGCAGCUGUCAGGGCUACUGGCAAGCGUCGGCGCCUGGCCGAUGUCGCGCCCGAGCCUUCUUACCGCCACGUCUGCAACCGUGGCCUCCUCAACACCUCCGACGCACGCAAGCUUCGCCGUGCCGCCAGCGCCAUGCCGGCCGGCAUGUCCGCACGUCGCUUCGGUAUCGCCCUGAAGCCGACGGUGAAGUCGGUGCUGCCGAGCUACGGCAUCAACAAGGGCCCUUCCGCCCCUGCCGCUCCAUCCCCGUCCCUUCGCGCCGCCCCUGCGCCAUCUUCGCAGAGCACCAGGCGUCCUGCCACGGCUGCUGGCGGCCGUGGUGACAACCAACUCCAUAGCACCCCGCCCAUCAAGGAGGAACCAACCACACCCCCUCGCCACCGCCCGCGCAUCACAUUCAAGGAGCGCGCCGCGGCGGCCCGCUUCGGUGGGCAGAUCACCCGCAAGAUCAUUGACGACCGCGAGCUCGCACGCACGCAGCGGGAGGUGGAGUCCGAACACCUCUCCGAGAUGAUGAAGGCGGACGGCAUGGGGCCGGAUCCGCAGAUCUCCAUCGAUGCGAAGAAGGUUCGUACGCGGAGGAGGGUCACGGAUGGGAGGAUCAGGUGGAACGACUACUAG